AUGUCGCGUUCAUCGUCCAAGUCACAACCAGCUGCGCAUGGACCUCAGUCGCAGUCAGCACGAAUUCGUAUUGCAAAUGAAAGUGCUGCACCAGACAGAGACGUCGGACCCGUCCCCUCUUCCCUAUCUUUACUGACAGCACGCCGUCCGUCAUGGGCUCCUCCACUUUAUGAUCAUACGCAAGAGAUGACCACUGGGCUCGGCUCCUAUCGCGAUGUACCAUCAUUUGGCACGACAAAAACGGCUCCUCCAUCUUCUUCGCCUGAAGAUAGUGGCAACUUCCAGAGAAAUCUGCACAUAGACAUGAAGGAACUUGUCGGGGAUGCGGUCGGAAAUGUGCGUAUCCUUUGUGUCACCAAAAAGAUGAGUAUCAGCCCUGCGAGCAGAGACAUCGUCCUUGCAGCUCGCCGAGGUUUGUUUAUCAUCGACCUCGAGGCACCCCUCGAGGUGCCGCGUUUCCUUCCUCAAGGGGGAACGUGGGACGUCGCGGACGUGCAAUGGAACCCGCACCGUGCUCGCGCAGAGUACAUUGUAUCUACCUCAUCCGAGAAACUCCUUAUAUGGAACCUUAUGAUGGUCGGAAAGACAUCCAUCGAACAUAUACUUCACUCUCAUUAUCGUGCCAUCACUGACAUCAACUGGCAUACCAAGGAGCCCGAUAUUGUAUCUAGUGUUGGCAUUGAUGCUUGGGUGUGGUCUUGGGAUAUAAGGGAGCCGAGGAAGCCUGUACUAGGACUAUGCGCGUUCAAUGCGGGAGGUACGCAGGUGAAAUGGAACCGACAGGAUCCCAAUGUUUUGGCAUCUUCGCAUAUGAAUGAAGUUCUAAUAUGGGAUCGCCGGAAAGGUUCGCUUCCUACUGCGCGAAUAAAGGCGCAUACGGCAAAGAUUUAUGGUAUAGACUGGGCGCAUGAGCGGAUGCACGACCUCGUUACUUGCUCUCUUGACAAAACGAUCAAAGUGUGGAACGCGCAUGAUGCUCCUUCUUUUUCCUUUAAUCAGUCUUCGCAAGCCGAAAUUGAACCACGCUCAAAAAUUUCAACACGAUAUCCCGUCUGGCGGGCCCGAAAUCUUCCUUUCGGACACGGUGUGUUAAGCUUGCCACAGCGCGGAGAUACAACCCUUGAAAUGUACUCGCUGGAGGGCAGUGAGGUUGGGACGCCAGUAGAGGUGUUUGAAGGACAUGCAGAUGUAGUAAAAGAAUUUGUGUGGAGGAAAGGAGGACUAGAAGGAGGAGAUUACCACCUUAUUACAUGGUCCAAGGACAGAACUCUCAGAUUUUGGCCGGUUGAUGCUGAAAUUAUGGAGAAAGUCGGCCAUACGGCUACCACUCGAGCGCCUUCGCACCCUCAUUUGCAACGUUCACGUUUCUUCACGGACAAGUCUUUCCGUCACCCGCCAAUAGCAACUGAUGUGCACCCGCCACUUCUAUCAGCACCCAUUGGGCAUCGUGGAAUCUUGGCUGAAGUAAGAACGAGUACGCUUCCUUCUCGAGUAACAACGAAUACAGUCGCCGGCGCCAGUGCUGUUGCGAGCAGAGACAAAGAUCAUAAUCCCGUCCUCCAACCACACCAUGGAUCUGCAGCGCGGGGCCGCGGUGCACUGCUUUUGGACGCUCCUGGAUCUGCCGCACUCAGUAUUCCCGGCACUACGCUGAAGCCUCACAUUCAACAUAUUCCUGGGACACCCGCAACGAUGACGAUGACGCGUGGUCAUGCGCUUGGUGGCAGAUCUGCGAGAAUGGACGCAUUACAGUGGCUUGCGAGUAUCAAGGUCGGCGAACGGCGCGAGGACAGCGCUUCCGGACCAGAAAGUAGAGUAAGUUCAGGAGAACGAGGAUUGGAGCGCGACGAGAGCGUUCCACCGGGUCAGAAGAGGAAACGGAGCGGGAGUCGUGUUGUGGAUGGAGAUGGCACGCAAAGCUUGCAAGAUGAAAUUACAUCUGCGCUAACAAAACUGCAGACAUCCAAAAUAAAACUUGAAAAGCACGACCUCACCAAGCGACGUACAUGUACCCUUGGUUUGCAUGGGCCAUGGGGCGAGUCAUCUUCUGUCAGCGUAUUCAUACGCAUUUCUUUCCGAUUUCCUAAGACAUACCCUCAAUCUGGCGUACCUGACAUUGAUCUUGAGCGAAACCCCCUAGUUUCAAUGCAAAGUCGCGCAUUCAUGCUGAGGCGGUUGAAAGGUAUUCGAGAAAGAAGAAGACCGUGUCUUGAAGCCUGUCUGAGAUUCUUACUUUUCGGGGAUGAAGACGAGAGAGUUGGCAUUCCGAGAGGAAUUGACUCGGAGUCAUCCAACGAGGAGGAAGAGGAUAGUGCACGGAAGGAAGAGGGAGGGAGAAAGUCAAGGGAUUUUACGGUUUCGUUGUUGAGAAAUAACAAAAAUCUUGCAGAACCCAGGACUUCACAAGGUGUCUUUGGGCCAAACGGUGAACUGGUAUGUUUCUUCCGUGCGCCGCCCCGGAUAGUACGCAAUCCCAUGAACGAGAUGUCGGCUUCUCCGGUCACGACUCCAGCAUCACGUUCGUCUCCUUCUGCUCAGAGGUUGUUCCAACCACCAUCAUUGCUCUCUGAUGCGGUUCGACGGCUUGAUAUGGCUGCGAUAGAUCGUGACAGGCUGCUGGACUCCCUUCCACGCUCAUCUGGCGAUAAUGACACGACCAUGCGCAUAAUGACCAACCUCCUUACCUUUUCACACCGCCAUCAUCACAAACGACACGAAUCAAUGACCACUCCAGCCAGUUCCCUUCCAACAGCGAACCCAAGUUAUGCCAAGGUGCCGGUCCUUACACGAAGAAGCACGGUGCUCAUCGAAGGUCCAACUGAUACCGCAUUUGCCCAGCGGAAAGUCGCAGAGGCAUAUGUAUUUGGGCACGACGGCGAGAGUGUAGGUGCUAUAUGCGAAGCAAACGCAAAAAUCGCGCACGAACAUGGGCAGUGGAGUCAUGAACGAGUAUGGAGGAUACUGAGAGGCCUGUUCCCCGCAUCAGUGACCAAGGGUGCAGGUCCAAGCAAGAUUGCGCGGAAAAUUAUUGAUUCGCUGUACAAGGAGUACUGUGCAAGCCAUGACGUGCAGAUGCUUGCAAUGCUUGGUAUAAUUCUACUCCGAGCCUUCGCAUCGCUUCCUGAUACUGUGCCAAAUACACCCUCUGCAAAUGACCCGUCGUCAAUUUCACCAACCCCUGAGGAAGAUUACUUCUCUUUUGUGCGGCGGAAAGGCCCGCGUGCGGCAGCCCUCUCUCCCGGCUGGCCGCGGCUCUCAUCGACAUCUCCCACAGCUCCGCCCCUUAUGGCUUCGUCGCUCUCGAUGUCUAACACCUCCCGUGGUUCGUGGUCAAGCCUGUUCAAUACUGGCAGCAUGCGACAGUUUAUGUCCGGUGUGCAGGAAAGUAUCUCGACGCCUCUAUCGAUAGAUACCCUUCAAAUUCCGACGAGGACCCCAAUGUCUACACCUCUACCGUUGCCUGGGAGCGAAAGUGCGGGUUCUGUGGUACUGAGGCUACCCAAUCUGGACGCACCAAGACGAGGCAAAACGUCGACGUUGAUGUCACCAGUUUCAAAAUCGUGGUCAGAUACAUCUGUCUUGUCAACACUUGCGCCUGCAGUACCCCUUUCACCUUCGGUACGUGGGCGUCGACCGACUUUUUCGCAGGUUAUCAGCCCAAAGCAAGUAAUCCAAGAAAAGAGGUUGGUCAUAGAAGAAGAACUUGUUGAAGAAAAGCCAGUCGCAUACGACCAACAGAUUCUUGCUCAGUAUAAGUGUCAUGUUCUUGCAUAUGCGGAGAUGCUCUUUAGAUGGCAGCUUCUAAACAAGCGACUUGAACUGCUGAAGAGUGCCAAAAUAACCGUAUUUCAUGCUAAUAACCGAGAGGCUACCUUCGAUGUGCAGCACGCCUGUGGGAAAUGCAAUCGCGCUCUUGACCCCCACACAUCAUGUUGUGGAGUAAGGACUCUUAAACCGCGGUGCUCUUUGUGUCGUUUGCCUGUGAAAGGCCUCUCACGCACCUGUGGAAAUUGUCUCCAUGUCACCCAUUUGGGAUGUUGGCGAGAUGCUACGUCAAAUGUGUGCGGCUCUGGUUGUGGAUGUCGGUGUAGAGGAGAACUGCGUCCUGAUCUACGGGCAUCCAUGGUACCAUCCUCGAAACCUGCACCUUCUGCAUUGUCGAGGUAGAAUCAAAUAUACCUUAUUCCGGAGCGCUCGAGUGCUUUCUGAGUGGUCAUUUAACGUUUAGCCCUUCCUGGCUUGGGAAUAAUGAAUAGUUGUAUCGUUGGAAUGGCAUUCUUGACCGCUAGCUAAUACAAGCAAUCCGUUCAC